AUGCCUCACAUUCGACUCAACUCGGGUCGCCAGGAUCCUUUCAUCGAGACAAAUGAGGGCUAUGUACCAAUCGAUACGCGUCCGGAAUCGCAGGCGGAUUCCCGUGUUGACUCGCGGGCAGAUUCCAGAGCGGAAUCCCGAGCUGAAUCACGAAUGUCAUCACGUCCGGGAUCCCGUCUCGAAUCACGAUCAAAUUCCCGGGCUACCGCUCGUCCCUUGACACCGGCUGGACCUGAGGUGCCUGCUUCGCUUGGGGUUGGUGUUCAUGGGAUGUCACCGUAUGGCACGUCCUUUGCACCAGAAUCAGCAGAGUUUUUGUUGCCUCCGAAGCUGCGGCCUACUCCUCGUGAUGAUGGCGAUCGAUCUGGCUCACCGGACCGCUGGUCCCAGGCACGGUCGAGUGUGAGCUCGAUGAGUCGGGAGAGUCGUUUCCACAUGGACCCCUUUGAAGAUUCGCGGGCACCUUCGUCUCGUGCCGGGAGUGAUGAAUAUGAUGUGAACACCCAGACCGUCUCUGAGAAGUUCAACAUCAUGCCUACAGAUGGUCUUCUUCUUUCCCUGAAGACGUGGAGAAAGACGACUAUCUGCACAAUCCGGACCCGGCCGACAAAGAACGUGACUGCGAUAUAUGCAAUCGACGUGGUCACAUGGGUCGAGGGCUUGCUCCACAAAACGCCUGUCUGCCGUCCGGGCGACAAUACCUGUCUCGAUGUCGGACCGCGUCCUCUGCUAGGUAAUAUUCGGAGAGGGUUGAUCGAUCCUGAUACCCCGGCGGACGCGAUGUGGAAGAAAAACUCAGAUGGCAAGGAUUGGAAGCUUGUGUUUUCUGAUGAGUUCAAUAUGCCUGGACGCACAUUUUACGACGAAGACGACCCCUUCUUCCAAGCGGUAGAUCUGUGGUAUGGCGUGACAAUGGAUAAAGAGUGGUACGAUCCCGAUGCCGUCACUACAAAUGAAGGUGUUCUCGAACUCCGAUUCGACAAUUUCAAAAACCAUGAUCUCUCCUUCCGCUCGGGCAUGAUUCAAAGCUGGAACAAACUCUGCUUCAAGGGUGGUCGCCUGGAGGCUAGUCUUUCAUUGCCCGGUGACGGACAUAUCCAAGGUUUCUGGCCUGGUUUCUGGGCAAUGGGAAAUCUCGCCCGUCCCGGUCAUGCUGCUACCACUGACGGCCUGUGGCCGUAUAGCUACCAUAAUGGCUGCGAUGCUGGAAUCACCCCGAACCAAAGUUCUCCAGACGGUAUCAGCUUUCUGCCCGGCAUGCGGUUGCCCGGUUGCACUUGCCCUGAUUCCGACCACCCUUCUCCUGGCAUCGCCCGAAGUGCCCCCGAGAUUGAUGUGAUUGAAGGAAGCACUGAAGCACUGAACGGUGAUGGACCCUUUAUUGGUAGUGCCUCUCAGAGUCUGCAAACCGCUCCCUUCGAUAUCUGGUACAUGCCAGACUACGACUAUGCUGCCGUCUACGAUCCUCGCAUCACUCAAAUCAACUCCUACCGCGGAGGCAUCUACCAACAGGCCAUGUCUGGACUCACCAACCUCAAUUCCCGCUGGUACAACGGAACCGAGUACCAGAUCUUCGCUUUCGAAUACACUCCAGGUGCAACAGGAAACGUGACUUGGUUCGUCGGUGACGGCAAAACCUGGACUCUGGACGGCCGUGCCAUCGGGCCCAACGGCAACAUCGGUCAACGCAUGAUUCCUCUUGAGCCCAUGUCCAUCGUCAUGAACCUGGGUAUGGCGGAUAACUUUGCGCCGCAAAACCACUCCAUCCGCCAGUAUAUGCCUGCUUGGCUGCGCAUCGACCACAUCCGGAUCUACCAGGAUCCGGAUGAGGAGAGCAUCACCUGUGACCCGCCUGGUUACGAGACUACGACCUAUAUUCGUGACCAUCCGAAGGCGUAUGCCAAUCCGAAUGUUACCACUUGGGAGGACGCCGGGUACCACUGGCCAAAGAACAGCUACAUGCAUGGUUGUCAAUAA